AUGGAAGAUUUUGUCGUGAAACAAAAAGAACCUGAGGUUUCGUUUGAAGAGAUAUUCAAAACAUACUGUGAGAUGGAUCCAGUUUCUUCUAGUCGAAACUUAGAACUUAUACCAUUAUCGCAAAGCGACAGAUGGUUAAUAUCAGCACGUAUACUUGACAUGAUUACAAUUACCACAACGGAUACAGGACUUGCGUAUUUUAAAUUUCGAAAAAGAGCACUCUCAUAUGAGGAAUAUUUAAUAUACUUAAAUGAUUUAGCAGAAACUCAUAAUCUGAAUUUAGAAACAAUGAAGCUUAAGAUGAAAAUGUGCGGGAAGCCAAAACAGACAGCAUCUGCGAUCUUGUGA